AUGACUUCGUACAGAGGUGUAAGAUAUCACCUUAAAGAAUUUACACGAAAAGGGCCACAAAAUCCACGUGAACUAUUUAACCAUCGUCAUUCAUCACUACGAAACGUCAUUAAAAGAACAUUUGGUGUUUUGAAGAAAAGAUUCCCCAUUGUAGCAAGUGGAAGUGAACCUCAUUAUUCUUUGGAGACAAUGACCGACAUUGUGUUAGCUUGUUGCAUCCUUCACAAUUUCCUUCGUGGUGUAGACAAUGACGAUGCGCUAAUUGAUGAGGUUGACCGAGAGAUUAUGGAAAACCAUGUAGAGACCAAUUCUGCUCAAACACGUGAAGAUGAUUAUCGUAUUCGUUGUAAUUUUAGGGAUGAAUUAGCAGAACAAAUGUGGCGAGAUUACAAUAAUUGUUAG